UCUCAACGCAGUACACUAGGGCAGUGUAUCGCGGACCGUCGGAUGCAACGUAGCUUCUCGCAGUGACUGCGUCCAAGAUGUCGGAAGUGACCACCCUGAUCUACGGUGGAGUGCUGUUCGCGCUGUUUGCCGUGUUCCUGCCAUGGCUGGUCAAACGGGUUCGCUACAUACAGAUAAUUGACCGGAUUCCCGGACCGAAGGCGUACCCACUGAUUGGAACGACCCACAUGUUUUUCGGCAAGAAGCGACACGAGAUCUUCUACGUCAUAGACGAGCGGACGCGCCGCUACCCGGAGAUCCAUCGCAUCUGGACCGGAACCCGGGCGGAAGUGCGGAUUAGCAAGGCCGAGUAUGUGGAGGCGGUCAUCGGCGGCAACAAGCACAUCGAAAAGUCCGAGGGGUACAAAUUCCUGGGCGACUGGCUCGGCGAGGGGCUGCUCACGUCGAAAGGUGAGCGCUGGUUCAAGCAUCGUAAGCUCAUAACGCCGACCUUCCACUUCAACAUCCUGGACGGCUUCUGCGAUGUUUUUGCCGAGAACGGGGCAGUCCUGGCGGACCGUCUGAAGCCGUUCGCCGACACCGGCGCCCCGGUCGAUGUGUUUCCGUUCAUUACCAAGGCCGCGCUGGACAUUAUCUGCGAGACGGCCAUGGGAGUGAAGGUGCACGCCCAGACCGACGGUGAGAACGAGUACGUGAAGGCUAUUUACGCGCUGAGCGAACUGUUCCUGGAUCGGUUAGUGAGGCCAUGGCUGCACAACAACUAUUUGUUCAAACGGUCUGAGUAUGGUCAAAGGCAUCAGAAGGCAAUCGAUAUCGUUCAUGGGUACACGAAAAAGGUCAUCCGUGAUCGGAAGGAGCUGCUGCGCCGGCAACGGGACGGCGACGGCAUUCCGGCGAAACCGGAAGACACCGGCUUGGGUGUGAAAAAACGGCUCGCAUUCCUGGAUCUGCUGCUGCAGGGCAACGAAAAGAGCAACCAGCUUAGCGACGACGACGUGCGGGAGGAGGUCGAUACGUUCAUGUUCGAGGGCCACGACACGACGACGGCCGGCAUGAGCUGGGCCCUGUUUCUGCUCGGGCUAGCGCCGGACGUGCAGAAGCGAGUGCACCAGGAAAUUGAUUCGAUUUUCGCCGGCUCGGACCGACCGGCCACGAUGGCGGACCUGGCCGAGAUGAAGCUGCUCGAGCGGUGCCUCAAGGAAACGCUGCGCCUGUACCCGUCCGUGUCCUUCUUCGGGCGCACCCUCAGCGAGGACAUCACCCUCGGCGGGUACCACGUGCCGGCCGGGACGCUGCUCGGCGUCCACGCGUACCACGUGCACCGUGACGAAAGGUUCUUCCCGGACGCGGAAAAGUUCGAUCCGGACCGAUUCCUCCCAGAAAACACCGAGUCCCGCCACCCGUACGCGUACAUCCCGUUCAGUGCGGGCCCGCGAAACUGCAUCGGCCAGAAGUUUGCCCUGCUCGAGGAGAAGAGUGUCAUUUCGGCGGUGCUGCGUCGGUACCGGGUGCGAUCGGCCCUAACGCGUGACCAGCAGCGGAUCAACCACGAGCUGAUUACGCGCCCCAAGGACGGCAUCAGGUUGUACCUGGAGAAGCGGAAGUGAGGCAGCUGUUAAGGGGUGCGCUGGUUAUUG